AUGGCCGGCACGUUACACCACCUGGACUGGCUCUUCGCCCUGGGAGUCAUCUUCUUCUGCGCUUCCAUCUGGUCGCUCGGUGCCAACGAUGUGGCCAAUUCAUACGCGACUUCGGUCUCCUCACGAUCCCUGACUUUACCGCAAGCUGGUUGUCUCGCGGUCAUCACGGAAUUUGUCGGUGCCAUCUCCCUCGGCCAGCAGGUCACCGACACGAUCCGCAAUGGCGUGUUUGCUAUCGACAACUUCGAGAACCCCGACACCCCUGACGUUCUGUUGCUUGCGAUGGUGUGCGCUGAGCUCGGCUCUGCGACCUGGCAAACCGUCUGCACCCGAUUAGGCUUCCCAGUCUCGACCACUCAGUCUCUUGUCGGCGCGCUUGUCGGUGUCGGUAUUGCUGCCGAUGUUCACGUCAACUGGGGGUGGUCGCCAGGCUCUGUGUCGCAGAUCGCGGCGUCCUGGGGUAUUGCUCCUUGUAUUGCAGCAUGCUUUGGUGCCAUCAUCAUGAUGAGCAUCAAGGUGCUCGUGCACUCUAGGCAGGAUCCUCUGAAAUGGGGUCUGAGGGUCAUCACCUUCUACUACGCUCUCACCGCCGGUAUCCUGACGUUGUUCAUCACCAUCAGCGGUGGCCAUGGCAUCCCUACGCCUGAGGAGAUGGGGGCCGGCCAGGCCGUCGGCAUUGUACUUGGAGUGUUCUUCGGCAUUUGGGCCCUGACUUCAAUUUUCUUCCUUCCUUACUACCAUGCCAAGCUCGUUAAGGAAGACCGCCGCCUUCGCGUCUGGCACAUCCCCAUGGGUCCACUGCUCUGGAAGGACAACUACACUCUCUACUACCCCGGUGACCCAGAGUCCCGUGUGGUACCGAACUACUACAGCUCCGAGUACAAAGGGGAGGAUAGCUCCGCCAACAGCAUCAAUGAGGAGAAGAAGCAGGCAUCUGGUGAAGCACACCCGGCGGAUGACCAGUCUUCCGGAACAGCUCACGAACAAGAAAACGCAGAUGGCAUCAAGAAAGUGGACGAGGAGGUCCAAGGUGCCCGCCAGAACGAUCUCGCAGCAAUCGAUAAGCUCCCAUGGUUUCACCCCAAGCGUAUCUUCGCUACUAUCCGCUUCGUGCUCUUCCAUGGCAUCACAAGAGAUGUCAUCGGACAUCAGAACAAAGGCCUCGACGCCGUCCACGACCGGGCACCGCACUACGAUAACAAGGUCGAGCAUCUCUGGACCACGGCUCAGAUCCUGAGCGCCAUGAUCAUGAGUGUUUCGCACGGCGCCAACGACGUUUCGAAUGCCAUUGGACCAUUCACGACGGAGUACUUCACCUGGAAGACGGGCCAGGUGCUCGAGGAGACGGACACGCCGACGUGGAUCAAGGCUGUGGGUGGGCUUGGGUUGGGUGUUGGGUUCUGGACAUUCGGUUUCCACAUCAUGCGCAACCUCGGCAACCGCAUCACCAAGCACUCGCCCACCCGCGGCUUCAGCAUGGAGUUGGGUGCAGCGAUCACUGUCCUGUUCGCUUCACAGCUCGGUCUGCCUGUCUCUACUACUCAAUGCCUCACCGGAGCCGUGGUUGGGGUGGCGUUCACGAAUGGGGACUUGAAGAGUCUGAACUGGAAGCAGAUUGGAAAGAUCUUCAUCGGUUGGGUGUUGACUGUGCCGUGCGCGGCCAUUGUUGGUGGUAUUGCAAUGGGUAUUGCGUUGAAUACUCCUAGCUGGGGGCCGGGGCAUUGA